CCAAUACCGGUACCGCCCGCCAUUUUGACGUUAAUCGACGCGUGAUGUUCGGCAGGUUUUGAUGAUUUCAGAUGAAUUAACAACAACCGGGAAUAAUCACGUACUCGAAAGGACGUGAGUCAUGGCAGAGUAUUUAGCGUCUAUCUUCGGUACCGAGAAGGACAAAGUAAAUUGUUCCUUCUACUUCAAAAUUGGAGCCUGUCGUCACGGUGAUCGGUGCUCGCGUAUCCACAAUAAACCUACAUUCAGUCAGACAUGUUUGCUUCAAAAUCUAUAUGUAAACCCACAAAAUUCUGCCAAAAGUGCAGAUGGCUCUCAUUUGGUCGCAAACGUAUCAGAUGAAGAGAUGCAAGAACAUUAUGAUAAUUUCUUCGAGGACGUAUUUGUUGAGUGCGAGGACAAGUACGGCGAGAUAGAGGAGAUGAACGUAUGCGACAAUCUCGGCGAUCAUUUGGUAGGGAAUGUUUACAUCAAGUUUCGUAGAGAGGAAGACGCGGAGAGAGCUGUAAACGAUUUAAACAAUCGCUGGUUCGGUGGUAGACCAGUGUACGCCGAACUCUCGCCAGUGACAGAUUUCAGGGAGGCCUGCUGUCGUCAAUACGAAAUGGGAGAAUGCACACGUUCUGGAUUCUGUAAUUUUAUGCAUCUGAAGCCGAUCUCGCGUGAAUUACGACGCUACUUGUACAGCCGCAAGAAGAGCGGCAGAGGACGAUCUAGAUCGCGUUCGCGCUCGCGUGGCCGAGAUCGCAAGCGCCGAUCGCGAUCACGCGACAGACGGUCAAGAUCCAAAGACCGUCGAAAAAGGGAUGAUAAAGGUAGGGACGGGCGAUCCGGAAGAUAUUGAUUUUAAAGAAUACAAUUGUUUAUACAAAUAUUCAUUCCAAACGACGUGACACCAUUUAACGGACGGAUUUAAUAUAAACAGUCCCUCCUA